UUGCUUCCCAAAGCCGAAGGAGGAAGGACUCUCUUGCUCAUACCGUGCUUGCUGCUUUCCCCUCUGUUUCUCUGUUUGAUAUGAGCUUUCUGCAAUGAGCGGAUCCACAUAACCGCCUUUGUUCCGCACUUGUUAAAAAUGCCUUCGGCUAAAAUCGAAAAAACUAUCACUCCAGAUAGUUCUCUAGAGCCUUUAAAACAAGGCAUUACUAUUAUUGAACACAAAAUCCGGAAUUUGGAGAAAAGAAAGUUGCGUUUGGAGAAGUACCAAGAGGUGCAGGCUUCAGGCAAGGAGCUGAACAGCGACCAGCUGCAGGCAGUGUCCAAGUACGAUGAGGUGCUGCAGACACUGGAGUUUGCGCGCGACCUGUCGAAGCAGUUCCACGGCAUAGUCGCAGAGAACGCCAAGCAGCAGAAGAAGCAGGCGCGCAAGGAGGCGCUUGAGAAGGCGCAGAAGGAUGUCGCUCGCGUCAAGGAGAUUCUGAUCAUUCAGGAUGUGCUGACAAACAUGGGCCAGGAAAACAUCCGCGAUGACUUUUUGACGGGCAAGAACAAGGCGUGCCAACUGAGCGAGGAGGUGUUGCAGCAGUUGGACGACCUGUACGUGGAGGUGUCGCCCAAACGUGAGGUUGAGGAGGGGCAGCCCCCCUUUCCACAGCAACUAAGCAAGGCAGCCGAACACCUUCUCAGCCUUGCCGAUGGAAAGAAUAAGGAGGUUGUUGGAACAACAUACGUCGAUCUGAAAAAACUGAUUACGGAGAUCAGCACGUGCGGCUAUUUUGACUCAUCGUCGGAAGAGGUCCCAGAAGUGGCUGCGGCGGCGGCGGUGGUAGCAGGAGAUGAGGAGGAAUCCGCUGAACCCGUCAUGCCGCAGGAAUCAGCUGACGACGGCCAGAUUGACGCGCAUGCGCCACCGCCCGUCGAAGAAGAGUAUGAACCCGAAGAAGAGGAGGUCCCUCUUCCUGUACAGACCACUACAUUCCAGCCAAGCAAAGUGCAGCAACUGGAAGCAGUUGAGCAGCAGCUGCAGCAGCAGCAACAGGCACCAGUAGCUGUCCCCCCUCCUCCACAGCACAUAGUUCCCAUCAUGCCAGUUCAGCCUGCUGUCAACCAAGUUAUUCCAAAUGUCAUCUCCACCGUUACCGGAGCGUCUUUCCAUUUCUUACAGGAAUCGGAACUGGAUAAGCCGGAAGCGGUGGUCCCACCGACUGCACCACCCCCGUCGGCUCUGCCCAUUCCAAGUCAGAGCUUCAAGAAGCCGUCGUUUGCGGCCGCCUCUGCUCCUGCCCCCGGCUACCAGCAGCCCCCACCUCCCAAUCAGAUGUCGUACGGCUCGGCCGCUGCCGCCGCCCCUCAACCCACCAACGCCUAUGUGCCACCGCCGCCGCAGCAACACGUUAUGGUUGAAGAGGUGAAGGUGAUUCCAGCACAGACGACGGACGUGUCGGACUGGAACGAGAGUGUCGAGGUGACGAACAGUGGCUCCAACAAGGAUUGGAACACGCAGUGCGACGACUGGUCAAACCAGCAACAGUCCUCAAACCAGCAGUCGUCCGACACAUGGAACGAUAACCAGCAGAAUGACGGAUUCGUGACAGCUGGUGUCAGGAAUAGCGGUCGUGGCGGAAGGGGUGGUAGAGGCCCGAGAGGGGGUGAUUCCGGCGGAAAUCGAUACGAAUCACCGGCCAGGAGCGGAAGUGGCGGUGGCUACUACCGCAAUAACAACUCGGACAACUCUUACUAUCAAUCGAAUGGCUACCAAAACCGAAGUGGCGAUAACUUCAAUAGAAGAGGAUCCGGACCGCGCGGUGGAGGUGGUAAUAGGCCCAACAACCAGGAGAGAACUGGAGGCAACUACUACCGUAACAACUCGUCGGAAGGCGGCAACAAUUCGUAUUAUCAAUCGAAUGGCUACCAGAACCGUGGUGGCGAAGGGGGCGGUAGCUACAACAGGCGAGGAGGCAGUGGCGGUGGCCCACGUGGAGGCGGCAACGGCCCAAACACCAGACCUGAGCGAGGAGGUCCCCGUGGUGGAGGUAGAGGCGGAGGUGGCAACCGCGGUGGAGGCCGUCCUCAGUAACUGCUGAUCCAAACGAACAUUAUGUAAAUUUAAGCCAAAAAGGCACAGUCAAAAGUGGUGUCUGCCUUUUGUAUAAAUAAAUCUAAGAUUGCAAAGUUGACAUUUUGUUAUCUCGGUCCGGUUGGUGGUUGACUUGCGCGACUAGCAAGAGAGCGAGUCUGUAGCAUCACCUAGAAAUGGCCUUCUUGAUAGUCGUGCACUCGAACUUUUAUCAAAACGUACAUUCGAAACUUGAAACAGCGGCUUCUCUGUUCAACGUUCUACUUGAAUUGUUUUCCUAUUAUGAUUAGUCUCUUUAUUCCAAUAUAUCAAUUGUUACAACUUCAGUUCAACCAGUAAAGUAUAUUAAUUUCUAUUCACUCCCGUACGGUUUAAUGGAAUAGACUUUUCAUUCCAUUUAAUACAACUGCGGGUAGUUUCUUACUCAGUAUUUUCUACUUUAAGAAAUUUUUAUACUCUAUGUUUGAAUAAGUUGAUCGUGGCUCAAUCUACGAGUGAAAUUGGUAAAUUUCAAGCAGUAAAAAAAGUUAAACAGUUCGUCUGCUUCGUGGUGUUUGUUUACAUUUAAAUGUCAUCAUAACCUGACUUAUCAUUAAAAAUAUUUUUUUUCAAGAUUUUUUAAAUUCAAUCAUACAUUUUAUUCUAUCUAAAUAAUUUGGAAUGGAUAUCAACAUUUCAAGCACGAAUUCAAGCCUUCCCUAAACCGUUGUAAUUGUACAAGUGACGAUUGUACUGUCAUAAUAUGAUUCACACCUCCAAUAUUUAGAAUAACAUAAUGCAAUUUAAAGCUUGAAAUUUACCACUUCCACUCGGAUAUGGUGCCACCAUCACCCGUCUUACCAAUUUGCGUUUACUAUAGUAAAAAAUUAAAAUAAAUAUUAUUUUUGUGUAAUGUAGCUUAUCUGUUAUGAUUGAGUAAAGUUUUUCUAACGCUAUUUGAAAAAUGGGUCAGUUUAUUUUGUUUGUAUCUCAAAUUCAUAUGAAAAACGUUGUUGAAAGAUUAGAUUGACUCUUCGGUACGUGGAAAACUAAUAUUUUUAUAUAUAGUUUUCUACUUUAUUCGUAUGACUAUUAUGUAUGUUUUUUGUAUUAUGCACUCGAAUAUGCGAAGUUAUCUAAAGAAUGUUUGAUUUUUACAAAGAAUGCAAAUGUUGGUGAGCUAGAAUGCUUGAGAAUGGGAUGCAAGAUUUAGCUUUCACAGUUGAAUUUCCUUUUUUGUGCUACUGCUUCUUUAGUGGAAGUAUUUUCUGUUUCAUUGAAAAUUAGCAUUAUUUACAUCAAGGUAUGCUGAGUUUCUAAUAAUAUGAUACGUAUUAGACUGUUAUUGAUAAUAAUAAAUUGUAGAUUAGCUAUCUUUUUAAUCACUUUACAUAGUAUUCGAAUGGAAUCGAAUACUAUUAAGUAUCUAGAGUCUGAUUUAUUAAGCUCGUUAUUAAAAUGUUAACAUACUCUAAUUGUUUUCAAAGCUCUUUGUUUAUUCAUCCCAGUCGGGUUGUUUCAAUUGAAUGGUGUCAUUCGUGUCUUUUUUAAAAAUUAGCAUACUGUAAUCUUUUUCUAUCUAAUUCACUGGCAAUUUCGUUGGACAAACUCAUGAAAUAAUUUUUUAAAUAGCUAUCACCAUUAUUAUGUUAUCCUUUCAUCUAUAUUAUUUCUAGUGGUUCUUCUACUAGUAGUGUAACUUCUUGUUCUGCCACAUAAACUGGUUUAUCUUGAAAUUAUGAUUUACAGCUGUAUUGUAAUAAUGUAUGUUCGGUGUUUUACGUUAUAUAUGCCCUAAUCAAUGGAGUUUCAAACAUGGUCUUAUUCAUAAAGAACGUUAGUGAUUAAGAAUUAUCUUGUUGCAUCAUUAACUUACUUUAAUCUCAUUCAACAUUAUUUGCAUUCAAAGUGUAAAAAUAGAAUGUAUCUUUGUAAUUUC